AUGAUCGAAGACACGGCUUCUCUUCCCGGGUAUUCAAUCUUCCGCCAUGAAGAGGGCGACCAAGCUCCUGACUUGUCUAGGCAAGCAGUGACGCACCCUCUCGAUCCGCUAUCCAUAGACGAAGUACGAGUUGCUGCCAAGCUUAUUCGUGAGCACGGAAACGUUGGCGCGAUCAAAUUCAACUGCCUGACUCUGCGCGAACCUACUAAGAGCGAGUACGCACAUUUUCGCGCCGAACAAGGCCCGCGACCCGAUCGGCGUGCCUUUGCCAUCAUACUGGCAGAGCGUAGUUCCAGCAAGGUUGCUGAGGUCAUUGUCAACCUGGCCAAAGGAAAGGUUGAGGCGUGGAAGGCUGUGUCCGAGGUUGCACCUACCUUGACUCUCGAAGACCUCGACGUCACGGAACGGAUUGCCCGAAUGAACCCGCAAAUCAUUGAGGUUUGCCGUGAGAUUGGCAUUACUGAUAUGUCCAAGGUAUUUUUCGAUGCCUGGGCUAUUGGGUUUGACCGCCGCUGGGGGUUUGAACGUCGUCUCCAACAGGGGCUGCCCUACUACCGUAACUCGCCGGUGGACAAUCAAUACUCGCAUCCCCUAGACUUUUCAGUGGUCGUGGACACCGAGACGGAAGAGGUUCUCGCUAUUGACGUCCGGCAUGUCAACGGAGAGCGUACCCAGGUCCCGCUGGAAGAACACAACUAUCUACCAGAGUUUAUCAAAGAGUCGUACGAUGGCACCAGGCUCAGGCCUAUCGACAUUACCCAGCCGCAGGGCGUUUCAUUCCGCAUGCAGGGCAACGAGCUCUUCUGGGCAGGCUACAAGAUGCAUGUUGGUUUCAAUUACCGGGAAGGUAUCGUCAUCUCAGACGUGCGAAUCCACGACCAACAACAACAACGAGAUCGUACACUGUUCAAUCGCAUUAGCGUUGUCGAAAUGGUCGUCCCGUACGGCAACCCGGAUCCGCCCCAUCAGCGGAAGCACGCUUUCGACGUUGGCGAAUACGGCAGCGGACUGAUGACGAAUUCGCUCAAACUUGGCUGUGAUUGCAAGGGCGAAAUCCACUAUCUCGACGCAAUGAUGACGACGUCCAAAGGCGAACCUGCAAUGAUCAAAAAUGCAAUCUGCAUCCACGAGGAGGAUAAUGGGCUUCUCUACAAGCAUACGGACUUCCGUGAUGGCAGUGUUAUUUCGGCCCGUGAUCGAAAGCUCAUCAUUUCCCAGAUCAUCACGGCGGCCAACUACGAGUAUGCGUUCUACCAUACCUUUACUCUCGACGGCACAUAUAAACUCGAGAUCAAGCUCACGGGAAUGUUGAAUACGUAUUGCAUGCACCCAUCUGAGUCGGCAGCUCCGUACGGCACCGAGGUUGCGCCUCGGCUGAAUGCGCAUAAUCACCAGCAUAUCUUUUCAUUGAGAAUUGAUCCCGAGAUUGAUGGGCGGGACAACUCUGUAAUGCAAAGCGACGCGGUACCCUCAGACGCGCCCGUGGGAUCACAGGAAAAUCCGUUUGGCAAUGGGUUCUACUGCAGAAAGACGCCAUUACGCACUUCGGAGGAGGGCGGUUCAGUGUAUUGCCACGAGACGAGUCGGACGUGGGAUAUCAUCAAUCCGAGCAGCAUCAACCCUUCAGCGAAAAAGCCGGUUGGGUACAAGAUCAUCAACCCUAAUUGCCCGCCUCUUUUGGCCAAACCGGGGAGCAUGGUGUACAAACGGGCAGCGUUCGCUCGCAAAAGUCUCUGGGUCAUCCCGUACAAGGACUACGAGCUCUUCCCAGCAGGGGACUAUGUUUGCCAGUCUACGGGAGAGGAGCACCCGCAUAACCAGACAGUUGUGGAUUGGGUGGCGCGAAACGAGUCAAUCGAGAACACAGAUAUCGUGUGCUAUGUUCAGUUUGGUCUCACACACUUUCCUCGGACGGAAGACUUUCCGAUCAUGCCCGCGGAGCCGGUGAGCGUGAUGCUGCGUGCCUCCAACUUUUUCGAGAAGAAUCCAGGACUUUGGGUACCGCCGUCGUCGGUGUGUGUCGAUCGGACGUCCAGGGAUGCGUUCUGCGCCAAUGAGGGGAAGCGUGGUUGCGCUCGGUUGUGA